UCCGUCAGUACUAUAGUCCUUGAUGAUCCCGAUUCGUCAGGGUCGAAAGUUAUAAACAUACGCCGCGGUUCAUGGCAUCCCAGAUGCGGUUGGAGGUCGAGUCAUAGGCACUGUUUGUAGAAAUCUGGUCAGCAGUCUGUUCUCACAGACCAACAUCAGGUCGACACGCACAUCUCGAAAGCGAAGGCACUGGAGAAGAUGGCCGUGAGGUAAACGGCGUUCCUGCGGAUCAGGCCCCUAAUACCGUUGAAAGAUCACAGGUUAGCGAGACCGAAGAUAUCGUCAACGAGACCGUCGUUGGGUGAUCCGGGGAGGGGAGACAUGCUGGUAGAUAGCGGAAGCAAUCUGGAGCGGUAACCACUGUGGUUAGCCAUUGAACAUCAUUAGUCAAUUCCAAGCAAGAAUCACUUACAGCGCCGGCCAUUGUGACGAGUUUGAACUAGGGAAUGAGGGCGGAAAAAGAAAGAGAGGCAGCAAGGAGACGGGGACUAUGUCACAAUGGAGGAAUGCGAGGUUGAAGUUUCGAGCCGACAAGUUGGCCGGCGCGAAAAGCACCAGCGGGAAUCACCGGGACGCUGAUUGGACGGCCGGAACCAAGUCUGUGCAGAGCCUCCGAAUGGCCGCCUCAGGAAACCACCUCAAAGUCACGCACUCGACUCUACAAAAUUAUUGUUGCCCAAUUCCUCUCGUCUCAUACCUCGUCACGGUUGGAUUUCCCCUGAGAUCUCCAAUAAUUACAGCAUACUUCUUAUACUACAUCCUUUCAAGUCGGCCGGAGGAAUCACAAGUAAAUCUACUGAAAUUCCACAUUAUCCCCACCACAGCCAUGGCUUCCACGAACUCGGGAAUCACAACGGACGCAGUGACCGGAGAGCGCUAUAUCCCCUCAUCGGUGCGUGCCGAUGGCACAAAACGCCGCGAAAUCCGUGUUCGACCCGGUUAUCGCCCCCCUGAGGAUGUGGAGCUGUAUAAGAACCGUGCUGCACAAGCCUGGAAGAACCGUGGUAACUCCGGAGUGCCUGGUGCAGAAAGCUUGAAAACCGAGAAUGAAAGCCCCGCUAAAACAAGCACGGCUGCUAGUAACAAGAAUGCCAAGCGGAGGGAAGCGAAGAAGAAAGCAAAGGCAGCUCAGGAAGGAACAGCUACUACCGAGGGCAAAAAUGUAAACGAGAUCGACAACUGGCGUACCCCGGCUUCGGGCGCCGAUAAGAAGCAAUCUAGUGGAUCAGAUAAGGCAGCUGGAGGAGCUGAAGACACCGUCGAUCCAGAAGCCGAGAACGAAAAGAAGGCGCGCAAUUUGAAGAAGAAACUCCGGCAAGCACGCGACCUACGGGACAAGAAGAACCAAGGAGAAGCCCUGCUCCCCGAGCAACUGGAGAAGGUAAUCAAGAUCCAGGAACUGAUCCGCCAGCUUGACGCACUCGGAUUUGAUUCGAACGGUGACAAGAAAGACGGCUCUGCGGAGAAGGAAGACAAAGUCUGAACCCGAUACGACAUAUGAUCGAUCACGUAUGUUAUAUCAAUAUAGCGGUUCUUCCGGCGGCCGUCCUAUAAUGGACAGUCUACCCAUUAGGUAUCGAGAUUGAUAACCGGAAGGACUUUUCCUGUCAAAGAUUUUUCGAGUAGACCCGCGCCUCUGUGGUACCACACAACGACUCUUAUCAAGUGAGACGAGGCUUGGCCACACCGCGGGUGUUAUUUUAAUCUGAACUGCAUAUAUGCAGCUACCGGCGUACUGCCGCCUGUCAGCUACUCGAGGAACUCUUGAUAUG